AGUGCUGCCGCCCGCAUGGCCGGCCACCUUGCAGAGCUGCUGCGCCUGGCGCAAGGGGAGAGGGGAGGAGGGAAGGGGAGAGGGGAGGAGGAGAGGGGGAAGGGGAGAGGGGAGGAGAGGGGGAAGGGGAGAGGGAGGAGAGGGGGAAGGGGAGAGGGGAAGGGGAGAGGGGAGGAGAGGGGGGGGGAGAGGGGGAGGGGAGAGGGGGAAGGGGAGAGGGAGGAGAGGGGAAGGGGAGAGGGGGGAGUGGGGGAAGGGGAGAGGGAGGAGAGGGGGAAGGGAGAGGGAGGAGGAGGGGAGGGGAGAGGGGAGGGGAGAGGGGAGGAGAGAGGGGGGGAGAGGGAGGAGAGGGGGAGGGGAGAGGGGAGGAGAGGGGGGAGGGGAGAGGGGAGGAGGAGGGGAGGGGAGGGGAGAGGGGAGGAGAGAGGGGGGGAGAGGGGAGAGGAGGGGGGAGGGAGGGAGGAGAGGGGAGGGGAGAGGGAGGAGAGAGGGAGAGGGAGGGAGGAGGAGGGGGAGGGGAGAGGGGAGGAGAGGGGGAGGGGAGAGGAGAGGAGAGGGGAGGGGAGAGGGAAGGAGAGGGGAAGGGAGAGGAAGGGACCAUGGGGAGGAGAACUGAGGAGCUGCUGCGCCUAGCGGUAGAGGGGAGAGAGGAGAGGCG